AUGGAGGAAUCCAAAGUGAAUGAAAUAGCUGAAGAGUCGAAAAUCAAUAUUUGUUGUCCACUGGCUCUUGUAUCGAAAAUUUUAGGGAGAGAAGCUAAGAAAGAAAGUGUUGAGAAAGAGAAUUCUGAGGAUGAAGGUCUCAUUGUCAAUUCAGAUGACGAAGUCGUAGCAUUUUACUCUAAUAAUCGAGUAAAGAAGUUAUUUAGGAAACCAUUUAAUGGAAAGUCAAAAACAAAUGAUGGAAAAGGAAACUUCGCUGCGGAAAUUGUGAAUGAAGAGAAGAAGAUGAAAAGAAGGAAAAAGAGGAAUGAGAAGAAAAGUAAGAUCAAAGAUGAGGAUUACUAUCUCGAAAAAUUGGAAGAGGUGCGUGCAAAAGCGAAAGGUUUGUCACUGGUGGCGAAAGGUGUGGAUGAAAAUGAAGUUUUGAAAAGAACUAAGAAUUUGAAAUUUGACUCUCAAUCUAAUUAUGCUGAUAUCGAAGAUGAUUCUAAUGAUAUUAGUGAAAUAGAGGAGGAGGAAGUUAUUGGUUGUUCUCAGUUGUCUGUCAUUAAUGUCACAUCAAUGGCUAAAGGCAAAGAAAAAGGUGAUGAUUAUAAGGUUAAAGUUGACACUACUCAACCCUCAACUUCAAAAGUUCAUGAUCAUGACCACGUGACUGUUGAAGGUAGUCAAACAUAUAGUGAUGAUGAUGAUGAUGUGUCGAAAGAAACCACAAAACAUGAUGAUGUUCCAAAGAAAAUUCCAAGAGUUGUAGUUGAUCAAUUCUUUGAUGAAACUGAGAAAUUCGACAAGAUAAUGAAAGAAAAAGGUUCGCAUUAUCUUGAAAAAAGUACAGUUGUGUAUCCAAACUUCAAGUGCACAGAUGAUGUCAUUUUUCCGAAUCAGGUUUUUGUCACUACAGGGAAUAGUGAUAAAAUUAAACCUGAAUUUAACAACUUGGUCGGAGAGGAUAACAAGAAAGCGUCGAAAGAAGGAUUUUUUGCAAAUCAAAGCACUGUUGAAAAUAAUCUCACAAAGAACUCUUACACCUUUCAAAGACAAAAACCACAACGAAAACAGGUCGAAAAAUCUGAAAAUUCAAAUGAGGUUCCAAAACCAGUUGAAAAUGCUUCCAAUCAUGUCAAGAUUAAUUUUCAAGAGUUUAAGGAACAAAUUGAAAAGAUUUCGAAAGAAAGUGGAAUAUCAAAAAGACAAGCCAAAAAGAAAGUGUUUUGGCAAAAUUAUCAAAAUCAUGUUUCUUCACAAAAAAUUUCAAAUCAAAAGUUUGAUGAAAUCAACAAUAAAAUAAAUGUGAAUUUCACACCAAAACAACCAAAAUUUCCAAAGCCUGCUGCGAAACAAUUUUCCAAAGUUUCGUGUGUAAAAGGAAAUUCAUAUGUGAAAAACAUUAAUCAUUGGCUUGAAGGAAAAGAAAAAUCAUUUCAAUCAACACAGUUCUCUCAACAACAAAUCAAGGAAGCUUAUGAAAAGUAUUUUAAUGAAUCUUCGAAUGGAAGUUCUUCUAAAGAUUCACAACACACAGGCAAACAGUGGAGGCCUAUUUCGAAAGCAAAAGUGAAUGAGAAAUGUUUUGAGAAGAAAAAGGCGAAGUAUGGUGGUUAUGAGGCAUUUUGUGAAUGGAUCCAGAUUAGGAUCAGGACAGGGCAGUCAGGAUAUGCAGCCCUAGACGAGACAGCUGUUGCAACAGCUAUAACAGUUGUAAUAGCUGCAGGGGGAGGAGCCAAUCAGGCUUUUCAGUACUAG